AGCCAAAUUCAACCCAACCCCACUCCACUCCUCUCUUUUCCCUUUACUUUCUCUCUCUACUCUCAAUUGCACAAACCCAAAAGCCAAAGGCCUCCCCUUUUUCUUCUUUCACUCUCUCACUUCAUCAAUUACUCUCUAGAAAAGUGCUAACCCAUAGACACAACACAAGCAUCUCACAUUUCCCACUCCCAAAUGUUUCCCAAGAAUUUACUUUUUCUCUUCUUCUUCUUCUUCUUCUUGUUCACCUUCUCUCCUUUGCUCAUUUUGGCUCUACCCAACCCAGACCCAGCAACCAUCCAAUCAUUCUUGCCAAAUUCAUCACCCCCAGCAACCAUUCCUGCAUUCCCAGAACAAUCUAAUGCUGAAGGUUGUCCUUUGGACCUGCCGGAUGAGCUCUUCCAUGGCAUAAAAGCUGCUUGUGGAAAUGGCCAAGUUGGGCAGUUACACAAGAGCAGGUGCUGUCCGGUUCUGGCAGCUUGGCUCUACUCUGCCUACUCUGCCACUGCCCUUGGCAGGGCUGGUAGAGUAGCCCCAGCAGCUGGAGGUCAUAUUUCCCCGUCGUAUGACCUGCCACUGCUCCCAGAUGACUCAGAAACUUGUGUGGAUGAUCUGGGUAAAGCCUUGAAAGAAAAAGGGAUAGAGUUGGUUAAACCAAAUGAGACUUGUGAUGUGGUUUAUUGUUAUUGUGGGAUUAGAUUGCAUCCACUGAGCUGUCCUGAGGCAUUUUCUACUAACCAAAGGGGGAAGCUUAUUGUGGAUAAGAGGGUUAAGAGAUUAGAGAAGAAUUGCUUGAGUAGCAGUAGCAAUGUGAAUCAAUUUCCUGGUCUUGGUGGAUGCUCCAAGUGCUUAAACAGCCUCUAUUUGCUUAACAACAAGGAGACUUUGAACUCAAGCAAAUCAGAAGACAGGACCACCAAGAUGCACAACAAAGAUUGCCAGUUGAUGGGUCUCACAUGGCUGCUCGCGAAGAAUCGAACAGCUUACAUUCAUACAGUUUCUGCAGUUUUACGCGCUAUGAUGAUGAAUGUGGGUGGAUCAAAUCCUCAAUCCUGCACUCUCAACAGUGAUGGUAUGCCGUUGGCUGUUGAUUCUUCUGAAAUUUCCAGCAAUUCUUUGUCAAUCUCUCAUCAAGCACCCAUCUAUGUAUCUGUUGUUUUUGUAAUCUGUUUGUUACAUUUGCUGCUCCUUGUACCUUCCACCAAACUCUAGAUGAUGGCUUUAACCUAGUGAAUUUUUGGUGGUGGUGGUGGCGGCAGCGGUUUUUGGUGGUGGUGGUGGUGGUUGUUGUGACUGAUUUUUUUUGUUUCUUUUUGGUUCACUAAUGUCUUGUGUGAUGGAGUGCCCAGGAGUUCUUCUGUAUCUAUUUACACUCUAUGUCAGUAGCACAUUACAAUUUUUA